UUCAAAAUGUCUUGUCCUUAUCUUAUCGUUUGUAAGUAAAGGCUCAGAAUAUAAAUGAAAAAAAUUGAUGCUAGGUGAAAAGGGAGAAAGGAAGGAAGGAAGUGAAGAGAGUGAGUGAGUGAGCCAGUGAGUGAGUCAGAGAGAGAGAGAGAGAGAGAGAGCGUUAGCAAGCUGUGAGCUGUCAAACCGACUGACAGUGAGAAAGCUUCAACAGCUAUUUAAUAGAGAAGUCAGUUAGAAACCUGGAAUAAGAGAUCCCGACCUCCAGAUGGUCUAAACCUCCAGACCUGUCUGAACCCUGGUGGGAUCAAGCCUUUACUGGACCUGAAGAUCCAGCAGACCUGUGUUUGAAAGAUCUGCUAAUAGCCAGGCGUUUUCAGGAGACUACCAGAGCCGGGUUGUUAGGAAACUCUUCUGGUUUCUCCACUAGUAUCAGGCACUUUUUGGAUACUAACAGCACUAAAGACUUUGUGGAUCUCAUUCUUAACGUUUUGUCAGUAUCACACUUUUCACACACAAUUUCUCCAGACUACUUCUGGACGCUCUGCUGUUUCCAGACUCUUAAAUGGACCCUCUACCAAUACCAGACUCUUUUCUACAGUAGAUGCUCUGCUGGAGUUUAGUUCUUUGUAUCAGACUAUUUCCGGACUCCUUACCAGCGUUAAACUGUUUCUGAAAAUUACACAGCAGCAUAUCAGCACCAAACUCUUCCUGGACACUCCACCAGUUUGAAAAUAUUUCCGGACACUCUCUUGGUACUGGGAAAAGUCCAGAUCCUGUGCUGGGCUUUGUGGUGAGCAGUAUGGUGGUGGGGCUGAGCCCCCUCUGCCUGCUGGUACUCCGGUUUAAGUCUGGAUGCUCUGUGGAGUUCAGCAGAGGGAACAACAACAUGGGGAAACAGGUGGAGGAGCCCAGCACCAAGCGCAGCAAACUUGUAUCCAGGGUGACGUCUCUGGCCAGCCUGCUGCCGCCGGUCAAGACCGCACCACUAAAGAGGAUUGGUCAGACGCUGCAGCGCUCCAUCAAUUUUCGCAAUGAGAGUCAGAUGGAGACAGACGCUCAUCCUCAUCCCUCCUCCUCGACAAUGAAGACGCGUGUUAUCUCAGCGACGGUCUCCAACCCUUCCUCCUCCAUGACUGUGACACGGGUUUCCACGGCAACGGCCCCGGCCGCCAAGCGCCGUGACAGCAAGCUUUGGAGUGAGACGUUCGACGUCCGACUGGGAGCGACGCAACCUCUGAGCCCAAAAGAGAUAAAACGACAAGAGGCUAUAUUUGAGUUGGCUCAGGGCGAGCAAGACUUGGUGGAGGAUCUCAAGUUGGCUAAGAAGGCCUACCAUGACCCGAUGCUGAAGCUGUCAAUCAUGACUGAGCAGGAACUGAACCAGAUCUUUGGUACACUGGACUCACUGAUACCCCUGCAUGAAGACCUGCUGAGUCGCCUCCGAGACGCCAGAAAACCUGACGGAUCCACAGAGCAUGUGGGACACAUCCUGACUGACUGGCUGCCCUGUCUCUCAUCCUACACUCCGUAUUGCAGUAACCAGGUGAAGGCCAAGGACUUGUUGGACCAGAAGAAGCAGGAUCGGCGGGUCCAGGACUUCUUGCAGCGCUGUCUCCAGUCUCCCUUUAGCAGGAAGUUGGACCUGUGGAACUUCCUGGACAUCCCCCGCAGCCGACUGGUGAAAUACCCGCUGCUGCUCAGGGAGAUCCUGAAGCACACGCCCAACGACCACCCAGACUGGCAGCACCUGGACGAGGCGAUGCAGAUGGUUCAGAGCGUGGUGGCAGACAUCAACAGGCGGACGGGGGAGUCGGAGUGCCAGUACUACAAGGACCGUCUGUUGUACACGGAGGACGGACAGAGGGACGAACUCAUUGGCCGGUCCAGGACCCUCAGCUGCCACGGAGAACUGAAGAACAACAGAGGACUCAAGCUCCACGUGUUUCUGUUCCAGGACGUCCUGGUCAUCACCAGGUCCGUCUCGCUCAACGACCAGCCAGUCAGCUACCAGCUCUGCCGCCAGCCAAUCCCCAUCCGGCAGCUGGACCUGGAGGACCUAACAGACGGAGAGAUGAGAGUGGGCGGGUCCAUCAGAGGAGCCUUCAGCAACAACGAGCGGACAAAGAACUUCUUCCGGGUUUCGCACCGUACUGGAGGUCAGCUGCAGAGCCACUGCUUCCAGGCCAGCGACGCCUUCAACAAACAGCAAUGGAUCAACUGCAUCAGACAAGCCAAGGAAGCCGCAGCACUAACUGGAGACCAGCCACCACAGACAGGACAAUGUCUGGAGACAGGGCUGAGUGGACAGAUAGGGCCGCUUGGUGAGACAGGUCUGAGUUCGCUUGGUGAUUCAGGGCUUGAAGAUGAAAAAAGGAUGUGGGGGGAGAUGGAAACAGGGCGGGGUUUGGAACGAGAGGUGGGUCUGAGCGGAGAGAAAGAUCCCGGGUUGGGUAAAGAUGCUGAGGUGGGUUUGACUCCAGAGACAAUGAGGGGUAAGGAGAUGGAGACAGGUUUGGGUGUGGACGGUGAGACGAGGCUGACCAUCGGUGAGACAGGUGAGAUGGAGGCAGGGCAGGGGGUCGGUGGCGAGAUAGGGGCAGAGCCAGUAGCCACAGCAGACGUGAAGAUGGAUGGAGGAGGAGGAGAGACUCUCAGCAUAGGUGCUAAUGAUGUUCCCACCUCCUAUCGCUCCUCUGCUUCUCCCUCUCAAGAGGAGGAGGAGGGGGAGGAGGAGAGGGAGGUGUUGGAGGAGGAGCGGCGUGGCGCUGAGGAGGAGGGAGAGGUCGGCAUGGACACCUGCGAGGUUGACUCACUGCAGUGCGAGGAGCUGACCCUCAGGUGCUGAUGCUGGGAACCAAACGAAAAAGAGGAUGACACACUGAGGGACUGGCACUUCAGCCAAUCAAAUCGAGGACUUGAUGAUGAUGUCACUGACAGACAAAGUGAAAAGAAUAUCAGCGAUCGGACAACCUAUACACAUUAACCGUCGUGUUCCGGAACGCUGCAACUGCUGUAUCCUGACUGCUGGUAACCACGGUAACCACAACAGCGGCCGCCACCACGGCCUGGAACACUGGCCCCAUGUAACUGCAGGGAUACCGUGUUCAAAGAUGGUGCCCACCAGGCACAUACUGCAAAAAACAUUUUCAAGGUUCCUCAGGCUUUCUCUUUUUUUUGGGGGGAGGGGCAUAGAGCAACUUCCUGCUGACUCCCCACACACAUGUGAGGCACAAAAAUUAUUUUCUCGGCUCUUUGAGACUUUUUUUUUUUUUAAUCUGACCUAAUGGCUAAGAUUCUGAUAAUACAAAGACUAAAGUUGGAAUGUUUGUGAAGCUCAGAAAAAUGUAUUUAUGGUUUUACUGCCUUUUGAAAUGAUAUAUGUGUAUGUGUUUUGGGCCAGUGGCUGUCACGUGACCUGCAGUUCCAACUGUGGCCGCAAUGCCAAACAUCACAAGCUAACGCUGUUCCUUUUGUCAGGUCACUGUGGCUACCACUGUGUUCCACAUCAGAGGCACCAUGUUAUUAUGGUUAUCGCAGUUCAACAGAUUAGAGGGUGACACACAAGAGUGAAAGUAGUUCAUAGCUUGUUUGAUCCCAGUUUAUCCUGAAUUUAUUUCUUCAUAACAUUAGCUCACUUACUUUUUUGUAAUUGUAAUUUUGCACUUGACCUGCCAUUUGGACAAACUGGUUUGCUGCCAAUAGUCUUGACCUUUGCACAAGGCCAGCACCUCUUAUUUAACUCACAACUGUCAGCUGUUUGGGCCGUUAAAGUUACCCUGUGGAGUUUGUGACGAAUACUGGUGCUAUGAGUGGGUUGUUUGUAUCUCGUGCUCUAUACUAGCAUGUGCAUAAGGACGUACAUGUAGGCGCACAAGCACGCCUAUUAUGCAUUACACUUACAGUUGGUGGAGGUAACGAGGCCAGAGAAAGUUAGCAAUGUGCUAAACACUGAAUGUAAACAUAACUUGUUUGUUUAUAAGUAAACUCCACAGGGCACCUUUAAAACACUGCUCUACCAAUCAAUUUAAAUUGACUAGCAAAGAAGAAAGAUACUUUGUGAACUUCUGCUAUUUGCUGGUUCAGGACAGUGGGAUUUUCAGGAAUCCUCUGCACACACUUCUGUUGUCAACAAUAUCAGUAGCAUUCCUAGUAAUACACACAAAGGGUUAUGACAUGGAGACCAAGUGAGCCAAUCAUAGACUUCAAGUAAAGUCAGUUGAAGACAAUAAAAUAGCUUUUUGCAUUUAAAACACUAUCAAUGAAUGAUAAUGAAUCAUGCUUGCAGCUGCAACUACCACUCAACACUAAUGCAAUACUUAAAAAUAUGAAACUGAGCAUUGCAGAUGUAUUGUGACUAUUGGUCACGUACCACCUCUGUUGUAAAGAUGUGGGAAAUGCAGACUCUGGCAAGAACUAUGCCAGUUGGAGUCAGGAGCGCAAACCUUGUACAGUUUUCCAAAACCAACUAAACAGUAAUCAUCUCAAACUUGAAACUUGUAUCUACAAUUUUGGUGAUUUUCAUUCUUCCAGAUCAGUUGAAGGAUUCCUUGCUCGUCAGAAAUUCUCCUAACUUGUUGUGUUUCUAAAACUCUUUAAAUAAUGUCUUAAAAUCAGUUACAAUGUCUGAAAACACUGGAGAAAACAGAGCUGUGCACCCAGUUCUCAUGAAUUAUCAAAGUUCCAAAUAACUUAUUAGCCUACAUUCACGACGAUUUGUGAAUGUACAUUCAAAAAGAAAACGCAUUAGCAAAUACAUUUUAGUGAAAAGUAAUGCAGGCCCACAUUGCAAUGAUUACAGUAUGUGCGAUGUCAAUACUCAGUGAAUUUCAUUGCAGGCAGGAGUGAUGUUCAUACAGUGGACUGAGAUAUGGUUGUGGUGGUGGGGUGCAUAGGCUUUUGCCCUUGACACAGCAUCCUGUCCUAUCUCUUAUUUGUAACCAACGGUCAAUAUUUUAUUUAACCAUGACCAUGAUUUUUCUGUAAAAGAGCUUUAAUUACCUAUUGCCUCAAACCUGCAUUUAUCAAUAUUUUUAAUGUUAACAUGAAAUAAAUUGACUGUGUAAUGUGAAUGGUUGUAACACCUUAGAGGUUUUCAGCAAACAAGCUCUGAUAAACCCACUGUACACUACCUGCCCAGCACCAAACUGCACGCAGAGAAGAUUAUUAAUAAGAAAAUUGGACAAACACGACUCCAAUGGGAUGAUGUUGCUCCGUGUCUGCUAACCCGUUAGUGAUAGCAACGUUAUAAAGUGAGAUGGUGGCUGUGGAUCUGUCAGCUUGUUUGAUGUUUCUCCAUCUAGUUGCCAAAAAUUGAUUAAUGCAGUGUUUAUAAUAGUUGGCGUUUACAGAGGAAUAUUGCUGAAGAUAAAUAACUAUAAAUAAAAUGUUGUCAGUGAACAUUUUGCAGACAUUUACUGUGAAGAAAAAUUUAAGAUCUCCACGUGGUAUGAACUUUCCCUCAAAACAUAUUUUGCUAAUCCCAAAUAGUUGUGUAUGUGUAUUACAGAUACAGUAUUGUAAUUUUAGCAUGUAGUCUACUUAACGCAUUCCAAAUGCAUUAAACGCAUGUUACGUGGAAGAGCUGAGCAUCAAUCCCUACAGUUUUGCCACAACAUCCUGUAAAACUGAAGCAUCUUGCAGCUGCUGUACGUGUCACUACAAAGCUGCUGCAAAGUGAAAUGUUGAGUUAUUUGUCUUGUCAAUCAGAGAAGUCCUAAAGGAGGAGCCUGUUGUGUAUGUACUGUAUGUAUGUAAAGAAUGUAUAUUAGUCUAUCUGUAUAUGAAUGUAGGAACAAAGCCAAGCAUGUCUGUUUGAUUCGUGUCAUGUGCUAACACACAACACGUGAAAUAAGACUUGCAUUGUCAAGACAAUCAGUUUAAAUGACCACUUUCCAGCAUAGUUGUGAUGCUGAAGUUGCUAAUUAUGAUGAUGAUGAUGAUGAUGAUGAUUGAUGAUGAUUAUUAUUAUAAUGGUUUAAGGCUACCACAGUGUUAGGGCUACCAGACAGUUACCACAUUUUGAUUAUUGGUGGUUAUUUGCACAUCUCAGACGUUAGAGAAAAUGUCCCAGACAAAACUUGUGCACACUAUCAGUUACUCCUUAUUCUGUUGAGUAAAAAAUAAAAAGGUAACAUUUAGUUAAGGUAUCAACUAAUGUGUGGAUUGUCACAAGACCAAAGCCUCAAUAAACUGUUAAAAAAGAA